CUCGCUUGUUGGGAAAGUUCCAGAAUUUCAUCAGACUCGACUCGAGGGUGCGUAAAGAGUUGUUGGUUACAUUGUUUUACGCUCACUGCCUCAUUUCCUGAAAACUUCUUCAAGUGGAUACGAAUGGGAUGAAUCUUUGGGCUGGCUUAACUUUUUAGAAACUACACUCUCAUCUCCUCUCCGCCAGGUGACCUCCUCUGCCGCGUACCGCCCCCCAACAGUAAGCAGAUGGCGGUGGGGCCGUUUAGCGAGCAGGUGCGGGAGAGCCGCGUGGAGCUGGUGGAGGCCUGGAGCCGCCACGUGACCUCCCUCCUGGACCUGCUGUACCAGGCGGCCGCGGUCACCGAGGAGGACGUGAGCUUCGUGAGGGGCGGCGGGUCGCUGGGGGAGCGCGACCGCAUGCGGAACCUGCUGGACGUGCUGUACGGCCGGGGAGAGGACGCCUGCUGCGCCUUCUUCAAGGUCAUGCCACGGGUGGAGCCGCGACCUUCAGGAGCCGAGGAGGAGAGCCUCAGUGGCGCCACUCGGCAGAGCUUGCAGCAGCAUCUGCAGAGACAUCGAGACGUACUGGGUAAAAAGCACGGCCCAAAGCCCGCUGGUGGUAGCAUCAAAGCUAACACUCGGACUCAGACACAGACACAGACACAGACACAGACACAGACUCAGAGCCAGGCUAAAGCUAGAUCCUACACUGACAUCACAAUGUCCAUCAGGCAAGGGUGCGAGGUUCAUCUUCAGUACCAGCACGAGGCGUCCAUUGUCGGGGAACUUUUUCGGGGUCGUGCACAAGAGACACCCCCCGGGCAGGAGCACCAGGAGGAGAUAUGCGUGUUCAGGGAGAUGUACCAGGGACUCUUGUCCAUCCCUGGGAAUGGGCUGACCUUGUUGUCAGGCGUGGCGGGCAGCGGUAAGACCACCGUGGUCAGGAGGCUGGUCCACGAGUGGUCCACGCAGACGGACUGUGAGAAGAUCAUCCUGUCCUUGUCGUUCAGAGAACUGAACCUGAUCGGCGAGCCGGAAUCUCUGCAGGGGCUCCUGGCGAUGCAUUACAGCCACCUGAAGCCCAUCAUGGCGGACAUCUUGGCCAAUAAGCUUGAGCGCAUUCUCGUCAUCCUCGACGGUCUCGACGAGUUCCGCUCCGCGCUGGACUUCCGUCGUACCCCGAAGUGUUCCGACCCAGAGCGCGCUCAGCCCGUAGGUGCGCUGGUGGUGAACCUGCUCAAGGGGAACCUGUUACCGGGUGCCUCGGUCCUCCUCACCUCGCGGCCCCAUGCCGUCUCCAAGGUCCCCCUGGAGCUGGUGAGCGUGUUCUGCAACAUGCUGGGCUUCUCUCCCGCUCAACAGCAGGAGUACUUCAGGCACAACUGUGCCAAGGCGCAGGCCGGCACAGAGGUGUGGGAUUAUGUCUCUACCCACAAGCCCUUGCAACUCAUGUGUCACAUUCCGGCCUUCUGCUGGAUCGUGUCCACAGCGUUGCACGGCGGCAGUCCCGCGCUUACAAAGCACGAGUCCAAGCAUGCGACUGUCAGUGGUAACAAAAGCACACCACAAACCCCAACAACAACAAGGUCCUCCACGCCGACGCGGACGCUGACCAUCACAGACAUCUACUGCUGCUUCCUCAAGUCCAUCCUGGUGUUCCACGGAGGGGAAGGCAGGGAGGAGGACUCCCACUGGCGCCUCCUGCAGGACGCUCCGCUUGUCCUGGGGGAGAGCCGGCCGGUGCUGAGGUCCCUCGGCGCCCUGGCCUUCAGAGGACUCCUGGAGCGGCGGCUGCUGUUCGAGCACUCCGACCUGGCCGCCCUCUCGCUGGACAGCGCGGAUCUCUCUCGUCUCUUCCUGGUGGAGAUCCUGAAGGAGGACCGGGCCUCGCUCACGCUCCAGCGGACCUUCUACUUCAUCCACACCAGUGUGCAGGAGUACCUGGCCGCGCUGUACUUUGUGCUGGAUGCUCUCUGCGGUUCGGAUCCGUUUGCCGGGGUCCAGCUUCAGUCUAGCAGCUCGGUGAAGCUUCCACUUGGUGUUCUUCACAGGGUGUUGUGUUCGGCCUCCACAAAGCUAGGUGGCGCCAAAGGUCUCCUGAGGAAACAUGUGAAGAGGGCUCUGCUGUGGAGUGUGCAGCAUCAGUCUGGCCACAUGGAUUUGUUCUGCAGGUUUGUCUGUGGCCUCCUGGUUCCCCGAACACGCUCCAUCCUGGACGGCCUCUUCCCCACCUGCAGGAGGACUCCAUCUCUCAUCUGCACCUCCUCCUCCUCCUCCUCCUCCUCCUCCUCCUCCUCCUCCUCUCCCUCCUCCUCUCACCCUCCCUCGUUCCUCCUGUCUCUCCUCCAAUCCCAGCUACGCAGCAGCAGCCUCUGCCCCGAGAGGCAGGUGAACGUCUGCCACUGCCUGUACGAGGCCCAGGACGCUGGGCUGUCCCAGCGGCUGCAGAGCUGGCUGCAGGUCCUGGCUCAGAGGCCUGAAUCGGAGGGGGAGCAUCCUGCCACCGCCGCGGUGUCUCUGGAGCAGAGGGACUGGAGCGAGCUGGCCUUCCUGCUGCAGCUCUGCCCAGAUCUGGACACCCUGAGGCUGGACUGCCAGGGACUGGACGCCCAGGGGCUGCGGAGACUACUGCCCGUGCUGCCCCUCUUCCGCACCCUCAGUCUUGGCCAGAAUCCGCUCGGACCAGAAGGAGCCGCUGUGCUGUCCAAGGCACUCAGGAGUCCAGCUUGCCGCAUCCAGAAGCUGUGGGUCGUAAGGACUGGCCUUGGCUGUGAGGGGGUCAAGGUGCUUACUGAGGCACUGAAAGACAACAGGACGGUUGUUGAUCUCAGGAUGGCUAUCAACAACAUUGGAGUCAAAGGAGCGGGCCAUCUCGCAGACAUGCUGAAGACUAACUGUACUUUGAAAGACAUCAGACUGCGUGACAACCACAUAACAGACAAAGGUGGGGACCUUCUCAUGGAUGCACUGACAGAAAACUCGACUCUUCAGUAUAUAUGGCUCUUUGACAACAAGUUUACCAAGGAUGGUGUGAAGAGACUAAAGGACUUUUCUAAGACCAGAGCUAACCUUGACAUUAAAGUGUGCGUCUGAACUAAAAUUUUGAAGAUUAUUAUUUACACCAUAUUUGCAGUAUUUGGGGCAAAUUUGGGGCAGUAUUUUGUUUUACUAUUAUAUUAUGUAAAUAGUCAGACCAGAAUGAACUUGUAUGUUGUAAUGACCAUUGAUAUCCAUUAAUCACAAUGCCUAUUUUUUUUAAACAAGUGUUAACCAGGGAUAUAUGUAUACAGUAUAUGUAUAGGAGUCCGAAAUCUAUUGUAUUUCUCAGGUGUAAUAUCAGGUUUACAUUUGCCACAAAAAGUGAAAGAAUAUGCACAUUGUUCUAUGUAAUCCUGAAAAUAGCUUUAAUAUUAAACCUGCCUGACUGCUGCAAUAAUGGUUAUACAUUGUGCCACACCAAAACUAUUUAAACAUACUCAGUCAGACGACCUCUUUUUUCUCUUCUAUAAAGACCUCAUUAGAAGUCGCUCAAUGACAAUCCCUGGAUUUUAGAUACUACUGUUAUGUAUUGUGUUAUAUUUAUAUUUCAUAUGUAUGAUUUUAAAUAUAUAUUUUAAGUCUGUUUUACAACUAUUAAUA